UUACGUAACGGUGACGUACAAACCAGGAAGUUCCAGCACAGUCCCCCUGGCUUGACGUUGUGCUCGAUAGCUGGAUCCUCCUCGACAGCAAUAAACGAUAAACUAAGUACAACACGCGAGUUUGGUUUGGUAGAGUAUGGUCUGCCGAUGGACUAAGCGCCCUCGGACUUGCUCUUGUCCUGUCGCGUGGGCCACGAAACUCGUGUUGCACGUUGUGUCGGCAGCUUAGCUAGGCAGCUAACGCUAGCGGCGAACGUUGUUUUGGUUGUUAUUGCGAACCUUCACGUUGCAUUCGUGACGUCUGGAACUUGUUGUUCGGUGCCAACGCAUUGAACGAUUGUUCCGCAUAAUCCGGUGAAACCACAUUGUUGUUUAUUUAUCCUUAAAGGUAGUACGUGUCAUGUAUGAUACGUUUGUGUCGUGAGUAGCGCAACAGCUAGCUCUUAGCUAACGUCGCUGUCAUACGGCAGUCAGUGGGCGCCGUGUUCUUCGUCCCCUUUACCCCCACAGUAGACGGCUGGCGAGCUAAGAAGCUCUCUGUAACCCGAUCCAAUGCGUGGGAUGAUGGGCUCCCAGAGUAGUCCCGUCAAGAGUUACGAUUAUCUCCUGAAAUUUCUUCUGGUGGGAGAUAGUGACGUUGGGAAAGGAGAAAUCUUGGAAAGUGUGCAGGACGGAUCGGUAGAGUCUCCGUAUGCCUACAGCAGUGGGAUUGAUUACAAGACCACCACCAUUCUGUUGGAUGGGAGAAGAGUGAAAUUAGAGCUAUGGGACACAUCGGGUCAAGGCAGAUUCUGCACAAUCUUCAGGUCUUACUCUCGUGGAGCACAGGGCAUCCUGCUCGUGUAUGACAUCACUAAUGGCUGGUCGUUCGAUGGCAUUGACCGCUGGAUACGGGAAAUUGACGAGCACGCCCCAGGUGUACCCAGGAUCCUGGUGGGAAACCGGCUUCAUCUGGCUUUCAAGCGGCAGGUGCCAACGGAGCAGGCGAGGGCUUAUGCUGAAAAGAACAGCAUGACGUUUUUUGAAGUCAGCCCACUAUGCAACUUCAACGUCAUCGAAUCUUUCACAGAGCUUUCACGCAUUGUGCUAAUGAGACAUGGGAUGGAGAAAUUUUGGAGGCCCAACAGAGUCUUCAGCCUCCAAGAUCUGUGCUGCCGUUCCAUCGUGUCCUGCACGCCUGUGCACCUCAUUGACAAGCUGCCCCUCCCUGUGGCUAUCAAGUCCCACCUUAAGUCUUUCUCCAUGGCGAACGGUAUGAAUGCAGUUAUGAUGCACGGACGCUCCUACUCUGUGGCAAACAGCGCGGCGUCAGGUGGUAGCGGGGGCGGAAGCAAAGCCAACAGUCUUAAACGUUCAAAGUCAUUCAGGCCUCCACAAAGUCCUCCGAAGGACGCCUCGCCUUCUUCCAAGGGGAACUGUAAGAUCUCAUAGUGAAGCAGACUGAUUCUUGCUCCGGGAAUUAAAGGCGCCGUUGCUCCUUGAGGUCACCAGGCUGGAGAAGAACACACAGAGACAGACUUGAUCCGAAAAGGAUAGAGCUGUGAAACUUUGAAACUUUCCUUACAGAUUCUCUGGACCUUCUUCGAUUUCUAGUCUUUACUGCAGAGGUUCACUGUGAUUUGAACAGAAGAUUUCCUGGGAUCGAAAGACGUGAAUCGAGAACUGUCACACCUGUUAACACUACACAAGUGCAGGGACAAUAGCUAGGUUUUAUUUGGAAAAGGACAUUUUAUCAGUAUUUAAAACUGUAAAUAUACUGCUUGUGCUGUCGCUUCGGUCUGUGUAUGGGGAGUGUUCUUGGGAAGUGUCUCAUGCUUGUUUUUAUGUUAUUUGGCUUUGAUGGACAGCCUUUAUGUACUAUGUCAUUUAAUCUGUUUAAAACUUGCAUUAUGUUUUUUUUCAUUGAAUGAAUGAAUGUAACGAGUUUCUCCAGACAAACUACUAGACAAAAAAGCUCAUUGGUUGAAAAAAAUAUUUUCAUCUGUGCGCUGAUAUAUAAAAAUCCUAAGCCAAAUUGUCUUGUUAACAAGAUGUGAUUCUUCUCCCUCUGUCCCCACCUCUGUGGGUCACUGGUUCAGACAUUGUUGAUUUCCUCAGGCCUUUUGUGCCUCUAAAUCUAAUAUUCUUAUUCAACCUGCCUAAAUCAUGAUUGGCUUGAUUGAUUUUAACCUGUUAACUUCUAGGGCAAAUAAAUGGUUGCUUGGUGCUCACGAGAAAAACCUUGUACAAAGUCAGAUGUACAGAUCGUUUGCUUGGUCGAGGUGUUUUGCCUUUUAAAAGAUUGUGUUGUGGUUGUCAUCAGGACUUUAUAAAGUCACCGGACAGGAACAUUUUAUUCUGAUUGCCUUUGGGAUCUUUCCUAUAUAUGCUCUGUAUUUAUGAAUGUAAGGCAGUAUUGUUCUGAUCUCUCUCUGUGACCAUGUGGUAGAAUGUGGCUCUGUAAGAAUCACAGCUGAGCAUAAUAGAUCUGCUAGUGACACUUUUAUUGACCUUUGCUACUUGUCUGGGUGUUUAUCGGUAAGUCAGAUCCUACGUGCAUGUAGUGGAGGGAAAUUUAUAGUAGAAAGGUAAUAAUGGCCAUGGGAGAACCAUGUGAUAUCACAUAUGAAUGAAUUAUCAUUAACUGGUGCAAGUUUUGAAAUGAGAAUUAAGAAUUUUGUUUUUAAAAACUAUGAUCUACAUAUUUUUAUUUUAAUAUAAAUGAGGUCUUUUGCACCUUUGGUUGACUUUCACUCUGCGCUAAGGUCUUUGAGGGCCUACAAAUUGGUGCAUGCUUCCUGCUGGCGUCUCUGCUUAUGGUGUAUGGUGUCAGACCAGUACAAUAAACUAACGGAGCUCUUGAGUGAACUUUUAAAGCACUAUAUGUAAACCACUGGUAAGAAUUGUUGCCAUCAGCUGUGCGUCCAAAGGUUUGGACACGGGACUCGUUCUCCAAAUAAAGGCUAAAACUCCA